UUAAGACUUUGAAUGGUAUAUGAGAUUUGAAUUACUUGAGUUGCGAAGGAUCCUGUUGUAGCACUUUUUGAAACAGAGAUUUGAGUUGCCCAAAUUAUGUAGCAUAGCAAAGCAUGCAGUCCAUAAUUCUUUGGUUUUAUUUUGAUUUUCUGAAUGCCUGUGCUUAUUUGUUUCAUAGUUGAUCUGUUUUUUCUUGGUGUUUUUUUAGGUGGAUUCAUAUUGAACUAGUAGGAAGGUCUGUUAUGAAUUCAGAUUUUUUUUGUGGGUUUGUUUUGAACCUAUCGUUAUUUAUGGGUGGUUUUGGCCUGAUAUUUGUCGGUGGGUUUUCACCUUUCAGAGUCUAGAGCAUUUCACGCAGAAAGGUUGUGGGUUAGGUUUGCCUUCUUUAUCUGGAAUAACAUUCAUGUCGUUUUUCUGGGUUUUAAGCGAUUGGGUUUGGGAAAUUUGGCAUAGGGUUUUGAUGGACUAGGUUUUGGCUUUGGUUUUGACCCAUAAAAGAAUGCGUAAAGUCGUAGAUCAUUUGGUGAUCAUAUUAUUGUAGUACUUCCUUUUUAAAUCAAUGAAUUUUGGGUUUCUUUUUAUUUCUUCUUUUUAUAAUGAAUGAUUUGUUUAGAAUUGAAUGGAGUGAUUAUUUUAUGGGAGGGAUAACAAAUAGAAAGGAUGAGUAGAAAACAAGUAGUAAAGCAAUGGGGAAGCAGUAAAAAAUAGAAGAGGGAAAGAAACCUCUACUAAACCAGUUUUUCCACUCUAAUUAUUGAUUCUUUUUUCUUAAGUUUCUUCUAUGGUUUCUUGGUCUUAAUUAAAUUUGGUGGUCUCUUUGCUAUGAUUGGAUUGUGGUUUAGGUGUGAUAAUAUUGUACUGCAAACAUACUAAGGCAGUUUCCAUCUGAAGCUUCUGAUGAGUAGGCAAUAUAUGGUAUAUGGUAUAUGGUAGGCUUGUGAGUUGUGAGCUGAACUUUCACACCCAUGUCAGCACCAAAUGAUGAUAAUGCAUCUGCUCAUUCUCAGUUAUCAUCUCAUUUUUUUGCGGGCCUUCUUGACUCCAUAAUUGUAGAUGUUGCAUCUGAAUGCCACCGAAUAGCUAGACUAGGCCUUGAUCGUAAUUUGGAAGAAGAGGAGGAAGAACUCAGGCUGUCAGCACAGGCUAGGGUGACAGUAUCUGAUCCUAGUAAUAGUGGUGAAGCAAACAAUAAGCAUGUAGUUGACAUAUUUGGACAAACUCACCCUGCUAUUGCCAAUGAAAUAUUUGAAUGCAUGAACUGUGGGCAGUCAAUCAUGGCUGGAAGAUUUGCUCCACAUUUGGAGAAGUGCAUGGGGAAGGGUCGAAAGGCUCGCCUCAAGUCAACAAGAAGUAGCAAAGCUGUACAGAACCGGUAUUCACAGGGCAGCCCAAUUUCUACCUACUCUCCCUACUCCAAUUCCAAUAAUAUGUAUCGGAUUGCAAAUGGAACAUCUGGUCCUACAGGUGAGGAGUAUGCUGAUGGCACCUUAGAAGAGAAGUGACAUCCUAAGCAAUUGGUCUUCUCUGGGCUUCCAUGAAAAAUGGUCAACAGAAUUACUUAGUCGUGAGGGAACACUGAGUCACCGACUACAUUUUUAUGAUGACUUAUGCUGUGCACUUGUGGGAAAUGGAGAAGUAACUAGAUCAGUGUGUUCUUGACUUCAUGUCUAAGUAUUGGAGAUCCAUAAUCUAUUCCCCC